AUGUGCAGUCUGGUGCGUCCCAGUGACGUGUUUGACUUGUUUGAGAUGCAGCACGUGAACUUUGUGAAUCUUCCUGAGAACUAUGUAAUGAAAUACUAUUUCUUUCAUUCGCUUUCUUGGCCCCAGCUCCCUACCGUCGCCCAGGAUGGACAAGGAAAGAUCGUGGGCUAUGUCCUAGCAAAGUUAGAGGAUGAGAACACCCAAGGACAAAAGCCUCAUGGCCACGUGACAUCGGUUGCUGUUUUGAGACAAAACAGAAAGCUUGGUUUGGCCUCCAAGCUCAUGACGCUCUCCCAGCGAGCAAUGGAAGACAUCUUUGCCGCGGAUUAUGCGGCGCUUCACGUUCGUGUCACAAACCGAGCGGCCUAUGCACUAUAUAGCAAAACUCUUGGAUUCAGGGUGCAUGACAUCGACAAGGAGUAUUAUGCGGACAAAGAAGAUGCAUUUAAUAUGAGAAACUAUUUCGACAAGGAACGGCGCCGGAAGGGACGUCGGCCAGCAGAAGAAGAAGCAGCAUGCAUACCAGAAACCAGCGGGAAGACACAGGAUUCCAGUGUAAGUUAA